UGGUUAGGCGUUGGAGGUACAACCAGGGCAGGGAUAGGGAGGAGGUGGCCGAAGCGCUUCUCCGGGCCGAGCUGGGCCAAACGGAGGGCUGGUGUCAGCUACUCCAGGUCCGGGACAGCAGCAGAAGCCGAGCCAGAGCCUCGGGUGCCGUCGCCAUGCGCUGGGUCCGGGCGCUGUGGAAGAAUGCGUCCCUAGCCGGGGCGCCCAAGUACAUCGAGCACUUCAGCAAGUUCUCCCCGUCCCCGCUGUCCAUGAAGCAGUUUCUAGACUUCGGAUCCAGCAAUGCCUGCGAGAAAACUUCGUUCACCUUCCUCCGGCAGGAACUGCCUGUGCGCCUGGCCAACAUCAUGAAAGAGAUUAACCUGCUUCCCGACCGGGUGCUGGGCACCCCCUCAGUGCAGCUGGUGCAGAGCUGGUAUGUCCAGAGUCUGCUAGACAUCAUGGAAUUCCUGGACAAGGACCCAGAGGAUCAACGGACCCUAAGCCAGUUCACCGAAGCCCUGGUCACCAUCCGGAACCGGCACAAUGAUGUAGUACCUACCAUGGCACAGGGAGUGCUGGAGUACAAGGACACCUACGGCGAUGACCCCGUCUCCAACCAGAACAUCCAGUACUUCCUGGACCGCUUCUACCUCAGCCGCAUCUCCAUCCGCAUGCUCAUCAACCAGCACACCCUCAUCUUUGAUGGAAGUACCAACCCGGCUCACCCCAAACACAUUGGCAGCAUUGACCCCAAUUGCAACGUGUCUGAUGUGGUGAAAGAUGCCUACGACAUGGCCAAGCUCCUAUGUGAUAAGUAUUACAUGGCUUCACCUGACCUAGAGAUCCAGGAAAUUAAUGCCACUAAUGCCACCCAGCCCAUUCACAUGGUCUACGUCCCCUCCCACCUCUACCACAUGCUCUUUGAGCUCUUCAAGAAUGCCAUGCGGGCCACUGUGGAAAGCCACGAGUCCAGCCUCACUCUCCCCCCUAUCAAGAUUAUGGUGGCCUUGGGUGAAGAAGAUCUGUCCAUUAAAAUGAGUGACCGAGGUGGGGGUGUCCCCCUGAGGAAGAUCGAGAGGCUUUUCAGCUAUAUGUACUCCACAGCCCCCACACCCCAGCCCGGCACUGGGGGUACCCCACUGGCUGGUUUUGGGUAUGGACUCCCCAUUUCCCGUCUCUACGCCAAGUACUUCCAAGGGGACCUGCAGCUCUUCUCUAUGGAGGGCUUUGGCACAGACGCCGUCAUCUAUCUCAAGGCCCUGUCCACGGACUCAGUGGAGCGUCUGCCUGUCUACAACAAGUCUGCCUGGCGUCACUACCAGACCAUUCAGGAGGCCGGUGACUGGUGUGUGCCGAGCACAGAGCCCAAGAACACAUCGACGUAUCGGGUCAGCUAGGGGCCUUCUCUCCCUGGCACCCGGGAGGAUGCUGCCACCUCUGAAUCCAGCCACCACAGGGACCUUCCCUAUCCCCUGGGGUACAGAGGGUGAAGCCGGGUCUCCCUAAUGGCCAGGUCUGUCUUUGUAGGAAUCUCAGUGACCCAUCUGUGGUGGUCCCUAAGUGCCAAUCUCUCUAUGGAGAAACCUAGGGUUUUUCCCUGGA